AUGUUACUUUACACGGUUCCAUAUCUAUUAAACCAUCAACGACAAGUGCAUAAUCAUACAUUUGGACGACGAUUGACAAUCAAUAAUAAGAUCAAUCAUAUUCAAUGGGUAGUUGAUCGUGAUCCUUUAUCGAUCAACACUACUCUUACUCAGUUUCAACAUGUUAAUUCGCUCGAGUUAUAUUAUGAUAUUAAAGAAAUAAAUCCAAAUCCAUGUUCAUGGUGUCUAAUACUUCCAGUUUUGCAUUAUGUUGAAAUUAAUUUUGAUUGGAGUCCAAUGAGAGCUAAGAGAUUGAAUGAUUGGUCUUUUACACCGAUUCAUCAUCGUUGUAUUAUUCUCGAUCAACUUCGUCAAUGUGCUCCUUCACUUCAAUGUCUGACAUUAUGGUGGCAUGAUGUUCGACUUCUUCUUAAACAUUCUAAUUCACCUUGGCCUUCCAUUCAACAAUUAAAUAUUCUUUUGAGAACACACACAAAGGACAAUCCAUCUGCAUCUCUGAUCAGACGUUUGCCAACGAUCAAAGCCUUUCCUCAAUUGCGAUAUCUUUCAUUAGGUGCUCGUCGUUUUUUGCUCACACCACCAGAACUGGCUGCUGAACGGAUUCUAUCAUGGGUCGAUGCUCUCGUAUUCUCUUCGUCAAAAUUAGUCAUCUUACAUGUGAAUAAAAACUGUCCUUAUUUUCGAACUCUAUCCUCAACAUCUCAUGACAUGCUUAUGAUGCUUCUCAAGCAACAUGUUCGUUUGAGAGACUAUCAUCAUCCAUCGGCAAAAAUAAUUAUCAAUUCAAAUGAAGAAGUUAUUAUUUGGCUUUAA